AUGGCCGCGCCGCCGCCGCCGCGCUCCUGCGACACCUUCGUGGCGCUGCCGCCCGCCGCCGCGGGAGGCCGCGUCGUCUUCGGCAAGAACUCGGACCGGCCGGCGGAGGAGGUGCAGGAGGUGGUGUGCUUCCCGGGCGCCGCGCACCCGCCCGGCGCCGCGCUCCAGUGCACCUACGUCCAGGUGGAGCAGGCGGAGGAGACCUGCGCCGUGGUCCUGAGUCGGCCGGCCUGGCUCUGGGGAGCCGAAAUGGGCGCUAACGAGCACGGCGUCUGCAUCGGGAACGAAGCGGUCUGGGGACGGGAGGAGGUCGGCGACGAGGAGGCGCUUCUAGGCAUGGAUCUCGUAAGGCUUGGACUUGAGAGAGCGGACACGGCUGAAAAGGCCCUUACUGUCAUAGUUGAUUUGCUAGAAAAAUAUGGACAGGGAGGAAACUGUAUGGAGAGCCCUAUGGCUUUUACAUAUCAUAACAGUUUUCUGAUAGCUGACAGAAAGGAGGCAUGGGUACUGGAGACAUCGGGAAAAUACUGGGCAGCAGAAAAAGUAGAAGGUGGUGUGCGGAAUAUUUCCAAUCAGCUCUCUAUCACAACCAAGAUUGACAGAGAACAUCCAGAACUGAGGGAAUAUGCCAAAAGCAAGGGCUGGUGGGAUGGGGAAAAGGAAUUUGAUUUUGCUGCCACAUAUUCUUACGUAAAUACUGCCAGAAUGACCACAUCCAGAGGCCGAUACAGUGAAGGCUAUAAACUUCUGAACAAACACAAAGGCUCUAUUACUGCUGAAGUAAUGAUGGAAAUUCUUCGUGACAAAGAGAGUGGCAUUAAUAUGGAAGGUGGAUUUAUGACAACUGGAAGUAUGGUCUCUGUAUUGCCUCAGGAGCCUAGUCUCCCGUGUAUUCACUUCUUUACAGGAACUCCAGACCCUGAGAGAUCUGUAUUUAAACCUUUCAUUUUUGUGCCCAAUAUUACACCGUUAUUAAAAACCAGCUCCCCUACAUUUGGUCAUGAUGAUCCAGUUAAGAAGCAGCCACGUUUUCAGACAAAGCCAGAUCGAAGACAUGAGCUCUAUAAAAAACAUGAAAGUGCUGCUGCAGUUAUGGAAACUACCAAGGGAAAAGGUAAAAAGAUGCUGGAACAGAUGCGGAAGUUGGAGAAACAGAAAAUCAGUGAAAUGGAAUCAAUCUUGCAAAACAGAAGUCUUAAUGUUAACCAAGCUGCUAGCCUUUUUUCACAGAGUGUAGAAGAAGAACUCAAAAGUGGUUUGCUCACUAGCAUCAUCAUCAUCAACUUUACAUAGCACAGCAAAAUUAAU